ACCGUGAAUCGGCGAGUGGAGGCUGGCUUUACUCCAGUGCCGGACGGACGUAACUGAGCCUCCAGUUGAUCACUCGUCGUCAGCCAUGUUGUUGGUGUGACACUCCGAGCUGUCAGCAACAGGUCCUACCAUUAACUCCCGUGGCUCAAAAUCAGCAUUUGUCCGAUAAACUGCGGCUCUUUGCGGAUAACAAACUCGACGGUGUGCCGGAGGAACUGUCCAGAAGCCGCGGAAGGUCAUUUCUGUUGGGAAGUUCGGAAGUUGGAGUUUUGUGACCGCUGGAGGACAGAGAGCACUCAGGCAAAACUGCUUAUCUAAGCUAAUUAUGGCUGUGAGCAGAAGCUAGGGACGUCACUGGGACUUCUCCACGUGCAAACAUGAAUGGCACAAGUAUAUGGGCCAUCUCUCCUGAGGAGAGGGUAAAGCAUGAUCAGAAGUUUGACACCCUGUCGCCUUCGAUGGGCAACGUCUCAGGAGAGCAGGCGAGGAAGUUUUUCCUCCAGUCUGGCCUGCCUGCCUCUGUUUUGGCUGAGAUAUGGGCUCUGGCUGACAUGAACAAGGAUGGGAAGAUGGACAGGUUGGAGUUUUCUAUCGCUAUGAAGCUCAUAAAGUUAAAACUUCAGGGUACACCACUUCCCUCAGCACUGCCAAUCAUCAUGAAACAGCCUCCAGUGCCUGCUCCCACCUCAGCCAUGGUCGGCUCUGUUUACGGCAUCGGCUCAGUUCACAUGAUGCCUGGAUCAAACCUAGCCAUGCUGACUCCCAUGUCUGUAACAUCUCCCGGUCUCUCACCUUUGACAUCGAUGACAGGUCUCACCCCAAUGGGUGUUACAGGAGGGCUUGCCCCCCUCAUAGCCUCAGCCCCCGUCAUGCCCCUCAUGCCCACUAUGGAUAACAGUUCACUGUCAAAUGGCACCAUGGGACUUCUCCAACCAAUGACUACUGGUAUCCCUCAGUCUGCAACCUCCUACGCAUCUCCAGCUGGGCUCUCCUCAUCUGCAGCUAUAAACACUCCCUCACCACUACUGGAGCUCGCAUCUCUCAGCUCCUCUUCGUCUCCGUCUGUGAUGGCGGCUGCUGUUCCCAGCGACUGGGCAGUUCCUCAUGCAUCAAGACUGAAAUACAGGCAGCAGUUCAACAUCCUUGACAAACAGAUGACUGGAUUCCUCACAGGUCAGCAGGUGAGAAACGCCAUGGCAACAACAAUGCUAACACAGACGCAGCUGGCAUCCAUCUGGACUUUAUCUGACAUCGAUAAGGAUGGCAAGCUGAAAGCAGAGGAGUUUAUUCUGGCAAUGCAUCUUGUGGAUUUGGCAAAGAGCGGACAAACGCUGCCACUGUUGCUGCCAGCUGAGUUGGUACCACCCUCACACAGGAGUUUAGUGAACGGCUCCAGCUCCUCCUUCUAUGGAGCUAUGAUUGAUGACUUCGACUUGGAUCCUCCACAGAAAGCGAAAUCCAACAUAACGUUUGAGGAUAAGUUCAAAGCCAACCUGGAGCGAGGCAAUGCUGAGCUGGAGAGGAGACGACUGACUCUUCUGGAGGCAGAGAGAAGGGAGCUGGAGAAACGUGCUCAGAAAGAGAAAGAAGAGCGAGUGAAGAGGGAGAGAGAGGCUCGAGAGGCUGAGGAGAAGAGGAGGCUGGAGCAACAGAGAGAACUAGAGAGACAGAGGGAGCUGGAGAGACAGAAAGAGUUGGAGAGACAGAAAGAGCUGGAGAGACAGAGGGAACUGGAGAGACAGAGGGAGCUGGAGAGACAGAAAGAGUUAGAGAGACAGCGAGAACUGGAGAGACAGCUAGAAGAAGAAAGAAGAGAGGCUGAACGGCAGGAGCUUGAGCGCCAGAAGAAGGAAGAGUUUGAGAGGAGGAAACGAGGAGAGCUGCAAAUGAAGAAGAGGCAAGAGCAGGAUGAUAUUAUCAAGCUAAAAGCAAAGAAGAGGAGUCUGGAAAUGGAGUUGGAAGCAGUGGGUAACAAACAGCGUCAGAUUUCGGAUCGGCUGCGCGACAUUCAGAACAAAAGGAAAUUUCAGAAGACUGAGAUGGAUCUGAGCAAUCAAAGGAAAGAGACAUGCCAACAGGAUAUUGACUCCCUGCAUAAGCAGAUAGAGGAGUUCCAGAGGAAGUUGUCACAGCUGACUCCAGAGAAGAAGAGACUUACCGAGAAACUCCAGAAUGUGGCUCUAAAUAACUUGCCAGUGUCGACCAUUUCCACCCUGAAGGUGAGCGUCACUGAGAAGAAGGGAACGUGUGUGAAAAUGCGAGAGCAGCUAGAAGCUUUGGAGAGGGAGACUGCUGUCAAAAUGGCUGAGAUGGAUCGAUACAACAGAGACAUGCAGGAGCUGAAGGAGAACCAGAGGAACCAGCAGGCUGCCCUGGAGAAGCUGUGCAGCAUCAAAGAGGAAAAGCAGCAUGAGCUUGUACGCAGGAAGGAACAGGAAGAGGAGAAGAGAAGGAAGGAAGAGGAGAGGAAACGACAAGAGGAGGAAAGGCGGCGAAAGGAGGAGGAGGAGAGGAAACGACAAGAGGAGGAAAGGCGGCGAAAGGAGGAGGAGGAAGCUCAAAGGCGUAUCAAAAUGGAAAUGGAACGCCAGCGACAGGAGAAGCUGAGGAGGGAAGAGGAAGAGCGUCAGAGGAGGCUCCAAGAGGAAAGGGAGGCCAAAAAGAGGGAGGAGGAGGAGAAAGCAAGACAGGCUCUCAUCCAGGCUGCUAAGGAACAGGCCGAGCGCGAGCUCAGAGCGAAGGAGGAGGCUGAGCGAAAAAGAAGAGAGGAGGAGGAGAGGAGGAGGAGAGAAGAGGAGGAGCGUCAGCGGCAAGCGGAGAGACGCAGGCAGGAAGAGGAAAGGAGGAAGCUGGAGGAGGAGAGGAGGAAACUCGAGGAAGAGCGAAAGAAACUGGAGGAGGAGAGGAGGCUAGAAGAGAAGAGAAGGAAGGAAGAGGAAGAGCGGCGCAGGAGGGAGGAAGAGAGGAAGAGGUUAGAAGAAGAGAGGAGGGAGGAGGAACGCAGAAGAGAGAGGGAUGAAGAGGAGAGAAGACGACAAAGAGCUGCCGAAGCCGCGCUCCGAGAUGCUGAGGAAAGUAGAAAGCUAGAGGAGGAGGAGCGAAGGAAGAAGGAAGAGGAUGAUAGAAGGAGACGGCUUCAGCAGCAUGAGGAGGAGAGGAAAAAGGCAGAUGAGGAGAGGAGGAGAAGGGAGGAAGAGGAGGAGAGGAGGAUAGUUGAGAUAGAAAAAAAGAGGAAGGAGGAGUCAUUGCGUCAACAGCAGCCCAACGGAGGGAAGGUGGACAUUCAGGAGAAACUGACGGCUCUGCUGAGAGGGUUGGAGGAGAGGAAGGGAGGAAAACCUAAAGCUACACAACACAGGAAGUCUGCAGCCCUCACCUCCUUCAAAGCUAUCUACCCAUUCAGUGCUCGAAACAACGAAGAGCUCAGCUUCAGCGCAGAUGAUAUCAUAGAGGUUGAUGAGACGACUGAGCGAGAGGAGGGCUGGCUGUACGGCAGCGGGCAGGGGAAGAUGGGCUGGUUCCCAGAGAGCUACGUGGAGCGGGUGGCUCCAUCAAACGCAGCAAACACGGCUCCUGCUGCCGCUGCAGCUCCCGCUCCCUCUAAAGUACCGAUCCAGAAACAGCUGUCCAACGCUCUGGAAGCUGCCAAGGCAGCAGGAACCAAGUCUGCUUUCACACCAACGCACUCUCCAAACUCAGCUCCCCCGGAGUCACACGGGCAGCCGGUGGUGGGAAACCUGUCUGCUCAGGCCCUGUGUUCCUGGACGGCAAAGACGGACAACCAUCUGAACUUCAACAAGGACGAUGUGAUCUGUGUGUUGGAGCAGCAGGAGAACUGGUGGCUGGGAGAGCUGAACGGGGAACAGGGCUGGUUCCCUAAAACGUACGUCACCCUGCUGGGUGAAGGGGACGGCUCAGACAAGAAGAGUUCACCUGAUGCUGCAGAAUCUGUUGACAGCCUUCAACUUGAAGAGUAUGUGGCACUGUACACGUAUGAGUCCCCGGCACCCGGUGAUCUGGCGUUUAAUGAAGGAGAUGUGAUCUUGGUGAGCAAAAGAGACGGGGAGUGGUGGAGCGGUUCGGCGGGGGAUCGAUCCGGAAUCUUCCCACACAACUACGUCAAAUCGAAAGAGGCAGAUACGUCAAGCUUGUCUGGGAAGAAAAAACAAGAAAUUGCCCAGGUGAUAAAAGCCCACACGUCCGCUGGCCCCGAUCAGCUCAGCCUGGAAACUAACCAGCUGAUCAUCAUUUUUGCAAAGAACUCAUCCGGCUGGUGGCUCGGGGAACUCCAGGCUCGAGGUAAGAGGCGUCAGAAGGGCUGGUUCCCAUCCUCUCAUGUUAAAAUCUUGGGAUCCAACAGUGGCAAAUCCACCCCGGCGUCCCACCCAGUCUGUCAGGUGAUCGCCAUAUAUGACUACACCGCCGCCAACCAGGACGAGCUGAGCUUCUCUAAAGGUCAGACCAUCAACGUUUUGGACAAGAACGACCCCGACUGGUGGAAAGGAGAGGUCAAUGGGGCCACCGGUCUCUUUCCCACUAAUUAUGUCACUACGGCAACGGAUAAUGGCACCAGCCAGCAGUGGUGUUCGGACCCAGCCAGCCUGGACUCUCUGAGCCCCCAGGAGAAGAAGAGACAAGAUUACGUCCACGAGCUGAUCGAGUCUGAGGAGAGAUAUGUGGAAGACCUGCAGGUGGUGUUGGAGGUCUUCUACAAGCCUAUGUCUGAGUCCGGUCGGCUUAAAAAGGAAGAGAUGGACAUGAUCUUUGUCAACUGGAAAGAUCUUCUGACCUGCAACAGUAAAAUUGUCAAAGCUCUCCAUCUCCGUAAGAAGUCCAGUGGAGAGAAUGUGCCAGUGCAGAAGAUCGGGGACAUCAUGGCCAGCGAGCUGUCCCACAUGCAGCCCUACAUCCACUUCUGUUCCAACCAGUUCAACGGCGCCGCGCUGCUGCAGACCCGCACCGACAACGAGCCGGACUUCAAGAGCUUCCUCAAGAAAAUCGCCACAGACUACCGAUGUAAAGGCAUGCCGCUGUCCAGUUUCCUGCUGAAACCCAUGCAAAGGAUCACUCGCUACCCGCUGCACAUCAAAAACAUCCUGGAGUGCACACCAGAGGGCCACGCUGACCGAGAACCACUGAAAGAAGCUCUGGAGAGAGCCGAGGAGCUCUGUCAGCUGGUGAACGAGGAGGUUAGGUCGAAGGAGAAUGUUGAGAGAUUGGAGUGGAUUCAGACCCACGUACAGUGUGAUAGCCCUAUAGAGCAUUUGAAAUUUAACUCUCUCACCAACUGUUUGGGUCCGAGGAAGCUGCUGCACAGUGGGAAGAUGUACAAAGCAAAGAGCAACAAAGAGCUCUGGGCUUUCCUCUUCAACGACUUCCUGCUCUUAACCCACGCUGUGAAACAGUUCACCUCAUCUGGACCCGAUAAAUUGUUCAGCAAGAGGAACAAUGUGCAGCUCAAGUUGUACAAACCGCCCGUUCUGCUGAAUGAAGUUUUGGUGAAGCUUCCGGAACCCCCCAGUGAUGAGCCCAUCUUCCACAUCUCACACAUCAACAGAGUUUACUCCAUCAGGACCGAUAACGUCAAUGAAAGAACGGCGUGGGUUCAGAAGAUAAAGGUGGCAUCUGAGGAAUUCAUUGAGACUGAGAAGAAGAAAAGAGAAAAGAUUUAUCAAGGGCGCUCUGUGAAAGCCAGCGGAAUCGGUAGACUCCUCGUCACCAUUUUGGAAGCCACUGAACUGAAGGCAGUAAAAGCCAACGGUAAAAGCGACUCUUACUGUGAAACGACCAUGGGAUCUCAGCUCUUCACAUCACGAACGCUCAAUGACACUCUGAACCCCAAGUGGAACUUCAACUGUCAGUUUCACAUCAAGGACCUGUACCAGGAUGUCCUCAGCAUCACCAUCUUUGACAGAGACCAGUUCUCUCCUGACGUGUGUCUUGGGAGGACAGAGGUUCCCGUGGCAACCAUAAAGAAAGAGUUUGAGAACAAGGGUCCGAUGACGCGUCGUCUCCUGCUGCACGAAGUACCAACAGGGGAGGUGUGGGUACGACUCGACCUGCAGCUCUUUGCCAACCAAUAAAAAACUAAAAUGACAAACUUUUCAUGAACACAAUGAACCAAAUAGAACCAGCUGUUGUUUUAAACGAAUCAGGAUGGUUCCCCUCACUCGCCCAGCUGCCUUAACACUACAAUCCUAACCAGCCCCCCAACUGGGAUCAGGACCAGUGUGACAUCAUCUGUAUCCAGCAAUAGGAAUCUGUUUGUUUUUUGUUUUUUUUUUUGUUGUUGUUUUUUGUCAAUGGCAGAAAAGGAAACUGGCCAUAGCAGAACAGAGAACACUUUUUCACUACAGAAAAUUAUCAAAGCAAUAAAAUAUCUUCUGUAACAUCUCAGCCGUUUGUCACUCAAGUAUUCCCAGUUUGCUCUCAACCACGGCCGUCUAACGAGUUAACGAUAAACUCACUGAAGUCUCUCUCUCUCCUUGAGGAGAGGCUGCUGUGUGCUGACCUGCUUCCUUCAGCCCUCCCUGAUCACACACCGCUUGGCUCCGUGUCGUUCUCUCACAGCAACUGUACGGGCGGCACAAACUGUAGAUGACAGAUGAUGGACGGUGACAUGAAACACUUCUGACAACAUGGAGAAGUUGUUCUCUGUCGCUGCUUUGUCAGGAGUCUGUUUACAAACGUAGAGAGAAGAUCUCAGGAUAUCUUGGUUUGAGGUAGUCUGUUUCACUGUAACAACACUUUAAGUUGUGUUUUUGUGUGUGUGUGUACAUGUAUGAAGUAUGUCAAUACAGAAAAUUGUUAACACGGGGAAGGGAGCUAAUUGUUUUACAUCUUUUUUUAUGUUUCUGGCCUUAAUCCAAGUCCUCUGAAGUGUCUCCAGUUCCUGAAAUCAUUUGAUUUCAUCUGGAUAAAGUUGGACUUGUUAAACUUAUUUCAAGCUGAUUUAAUUAAACAAUCUUUUCUUUUUAAGAAGAGCGGACGACUUAAGGGUGUAACUUUUAGGGGUAUCACAGAUUGGCCUCAAUAAUAAGUUGUUUUCCAGGCAGAUCUUUCUUAGCGCAGAAACUUUUAAAGUGUAAAUUCCAGUUCCCUGCUAGGAUUAGGUCCAUCUUUGAUUUUUUUUCCCCUAGACAGUAGACUAGUAGAUUUAGCCUUAUUUGUAUCCUGCUGCCUUCAGGUUCCUCUCUUUAAGUUUCUGCAUUUGGAAACAGAAAAGCUGUAUUUAUUUCUUAAUUUAUGCGAGUGACUAUUCAAAGCUUUAGAGUGCCGUUGUUGGCAUCUUGACAUGAAUUUAAUCAGUUUUUGAUCGUGUUCAAUCAGUAAGAGUAUAUUUUUAGGCCUUCAGUUAACAGAUUGGAUUGUCCUAACUUGUGUAAAGAGACGUGUCUGUAUUUGGGUGUUAAAGAUUGUCUUUAGAUCUUAUUUUUAUUUUCCUCAGCUGCCUCUAACCCACACUGUCAGUCAGCUGUUUGUACUCUAAGAUUUUCAGAAGUCAAAUAAAAAAAUUAAAAGUGA